AGUGUCCUUUCUAUAGGCGUAGCCUCACUAUUCUAUGGUGUGUGUUGGUGUUACUGGUGAUUUUCAUCUCUACGACUGAAACCAAGAACUUAAAAUUUUUAUUGUGUAUGAUUAAGAAGUCAAAAAAUUCCGGUUGUUAACCGCACAAUCUGGGCUAACACGUCUAAUCACAGGGCAAAAUGUCAACGUGACAGCAGUCUUACAAAAACUCAUCUAGUUGCAGAAUUGUACUGCGAGGAUUGAGCUUACACGUAUGCAAGUUACAGAAGUCGUACCCAUUGAAGGAGUGGUUUAACAAAAGCAACUUACCAAUUUUAUCAGCAAUUUUCUUACUGAUGGAAAGAACCUUUCAAAUUCCUAUGAUUAACUGUUAUCAAGUUUUACUUAACCUCUAAUUUGCAUCAGAAAGACAUAUCUCAUUCCAAGAUGCUUGAUCCGCUCACAUCCAGUUGCACCUUACGACUCUGUGGUGUUCCUGGGUUUGAAGGUCGCACAAAUGACGUCAUUUACUGUAAGCCCAGAGUAAAAAGCAAUGAACUGAAAGCUGUUGUUUAUUUCGGAGGAGAUAUUCAGGACUUUCCUGAAAGUAUGGAAAUGCAUCAAGAUCACAAAAAGUAUAGUUCCUGGAAUUUAGAUAACACGGCUGCUCACCUAUCCUCAAGGUUUGCUGACUCACACGUUUUGAUUGUGAGGCCGUUCAGGAUAGGAUUCAAAACAUUCAGUUGUUACGAUAAUUUUGUUCCAAGUUCUGACUGUGGCGUUCCUGAGCAUACACCAACCCAUCAUGCUUUGCAGCACCUUGAAUGUCUCUUAAAAAGUAUUUCCGCCAAACUAAAAAUGCUCAUGCCUAGCGAGCCUCCAUUAAGUUGUAAUAAUGAAUUGGUACAGAAUUGGAAAUCAGAGCCGCAUUUAGAUGAAGCAACAAUCACUUUGGUAGGAUUCAGCAAAGGCUGCGUAGUUCUCAACCAAUUUCUAUAUGAGUUCCACUAUAUGAAGACACUAACACCAGAUGACACAACCAUGAUGAGGCUUGUUUCCAACAUAACAGACAUGUACUGGUUAGAAGGUGGCCAUGCUGGUGUCAAAAACACCUGGAUCACUUCUCGGAGUUUACUAGAAACCUUAACAAGACUUAAUAUUCGAAUUCAUGUUCAUGUAACUCCAUAUCAGAUUUGUGACAAGAGACGCCCAUGGAUUCGAAAAGAAGAGAAAACAUUCAGCAACAUGCUCAAGAGGCUCGGUGCUCCCAUUGAGCGAGUGUUUCAUUUUGAGAAUCACCCGACAGACUUGUCAAUCCAUUUUGAAGUACUGUCGGUUUUCAAAACGCCUCAACUAUAAGCUGCUAGACCCGUUGGACUCCUGUCUAAGCUAUUCUCAAAGUGCAAUAAUCAAGCUUUCCAAUGGUUUCAAAGCUUUUAUUUUUAAAUGUUAAUCUUAUUUAACUUUACCCUUCUUAACUAGUCCUGUAAUAUUUAAAUAGUAGCUAACUUCACCAUUUUUUUUCAUCUAGUAGUCAGAGAGCUGAGGAAAAUUACCAUGGAAAUAAGGAGCUUCAAUCACAUCUCCGUUUUGCUAUUCCUGGAAAUUGGUGUAAAAGGGAUGGUCCACCUUUUCCUCAAAUACUUGGAACACAUGAUGAAAUUGUAUGAGUUUACCCUGGAUUGCACAAAUCACUUUGAUGUUGCUAUGAUAGCAAGUGAAUGCAACCUUUAUGACAAAGAGUGUAUGGGAAGAUUUUUUGGAGAAAGGUGAUAAUUUAUUCUGGAAACAUGUACGUGGCUAUCAAAUACUUUCUAAGAACCUUGUUUGUAACCUUCCUUCAGAGCUCUCUGACUCCCAUCAUUAACAAUUCUGCACCUUGUAAAUUUUCCCUUUGUCUUGCUUCAAGGCCUCUCAUCUUGGAGACUGCACAGUACUCAAUUUUUUAGCCGAGUAGCCAUGAAGAGCAGUUUAUAUAAUAUUCUCAAGCAGAAAAGGGGCAUCUGAACCUGCGUUACAGGAUGUAACAUUGGAAUGGGCGCUUAGUGCAGAUUUAUAAAAAAAUCAACACAAGGUGUCAAUUUUUCAUCCUAAAUUCGCCACUUAACGGUAAUUUCAGUGGGUGGGGAUUAAAUAUAAGUUUCAUAGUUUGUCAGUAAAGGCAGUCCGCUUUACAGGUGCUUUGAGAGGGGAAGAGGGGUUCAAAAAAUCUGAUUUUCAGCGUUCCGUAUCUUAUGAGCGGUCCCACAACAUUGUUGGCCUCUUGAAUUCUACACUGAAACCAAAGGCAGUUGCUGAGAAGAGGGCACGUUUUCACCUAUCUCUUAACAGGAGAAGUGCCCUCCUCACACCUGAUGCCUUAAUUAUCUUCUUAAUUAGCAAUACUGGAAUAGACGUGUGUAUUUAUCAAUAGCUUUUAUGUAGAUUAUUGUCACUUUUGUUUCAAAUUUGAACAAAUGGUUCUUAGAUAAUUUUGAUCCUCUUUUUGCUUGGGGUUUUUUUAGAAUGGAUAAUAUGGAAUGUCCUUUUUCCUUCGUUGUUUUUUAUAAAUGUACUCGUUUCUCCCCUCCCCCCUUCCAAUCCACCGUAGUAUUUUGUUUUGUGAAGUAACUUCAGACUCUUUAUUUUGAGCUUUUUAUGGAUCCAAUUCCUUCCUCACCCCUCCCCCCCUUCAAAUUUUUCCCUGUAAUGUUUCGCAAGAUAAAGCUAAUAUUAGGACAGUUCUUAUCGGACUAUUUACAAAAAUUUUGCCUUAGUCUCUCUCUUUAUUGGAAUGCUGCUUAAAUCAUACCUGAAUUAUAUGCUUGAAGUUGAUGUUUGAAUCAUGAAUCUUACACUCAAGUUUCACUAACUGAUAAAUGGAAUUAGCUCAUCAAAAUUCUCACUUAAUUUGGUGAUUUCAACUGAAACACAGGUUCAGGAUUAGAAUUAAUCAAAUUUGUUUUAAGCUGUUGAUUGAUAACUCACUGCUCUCUCUGCAGAAUAGAAAUAAAAAAGGAAAGAGAUGAACCCAAAAUCGUCUUUUUUCAGUGUAGUUGUAAGAUAAGUCUUGAAAACUUUUCUAACAUGACAAAAGUGCGGGGAUGUUAACAGAUACUAACACUUUGGAAUGUUUCUGAAAAUUGAAGCCAUCAGGUACCAGAGCUCGUAAUCCAAGGCUGCCUCUAAUACGGUCAGUUUUGGAUUGUUUCACUUUUUCAGGAAGGAGUGGACAGUGGAAUAAUCCAUAGUGGUGGUGUUCUCUACCAUGGCACGCUAGCCGUAUGAAACUCGCCCGAUCCAGUUGCAAGUGUCUAUGAAUGUGCCAAGGGAUCAUAAGGUCAUUUAUUGGUUUGUCAGUUUCCUAAGUGUGGGUACAGGCUUGUGGUGCUUGCGAUGAAUUAAUUGACCUGCCAUUUAAAUCUGUGGAACAGGAUCGAUUACGAGGGUGUUCGCAAUCAACACCUUAACAAUCGAUUUUUGACUAUGGUUUCAAAUAGGAAAACAUGGAUAGUCAAUGAUUUACAGUUGUUUUUUCAAAAGUCAUCAGCUGCUGUAAUACUGAUCGCAGCAGGUGACUGCCAGAACAGCUGCCUUUAAUUGUAAACUUAAAGUUUCUUUUUGCUUUGAAAGUGGGGGUGGGGACCAAGUCAUGGUAACUACUGUCCGCCUGUCGGAAUGAUGGCCCCAGGUCCCAAAGACCCCUGCCAGCCGCUCGCAACUGACCAGGGCGGGGUUCAGAGCCACCCGCACCCAGCACACAGGGAAUGCGGCAUGCUCCAUGUUCACCAGUGCACAAGUGGGGUCGGACUUAAGACUUAAAACCUCUGCCCCUCUCCCAGCCAUGAAGCCGUAACUAUUGCGUGAAUUCAUUCAAAGUCAUUGUUUCUGCUUUGUUCUAUUCCGAGCGUAUCAAUUUAUCCUCAACAAUAAAGCAUUUUUAUUCUUGCGGGAGGCUCGAUACAAAGAUGUGCAUCUCCAUCUCCAAUUUUUAAAGUUUCAUUCAGUAAAUUCGGGAUGAGUAAUUAACAAUUUUCUUAAGAUUUUUUACUUUUUGUGGCAGCGCUCAUAGAAGGUGCAAAUUUUUCCCACUGCAGGAAGGGACCCCAGCGAAUAUAAAUUAACGCUAAGGUAGGGGAAAGGGACCUGGCGGGCAUGGAUGCAGAUCCUUGCUAUCCUUUGUUUCUAUUUUCAUUUAACAGUCUCUACUUCGACUUCUAACUGAUCAAAUAUGAAAACAUGUCACUAAAAUAAAAAAUGCAUACCUGCCUAAAAAUGGGCAAAUUGGAAUAUGUUUACCUAUACAAGAUCAAUGUAGGAACUCAAAUUAGAUCUGACAGAUCCUUAAAACCAGCAUGUAAAAUAUUGUUAAUAUUUUGCUCGGAUUAUUUGCUUGCGAAAUGGCAGUAGGUUUUCUUACUGCUGUGGUUGCAGUUGCGACCUGUUUUCACAACCUCCCCAAGCUCGGAAGCAAAAAAUCAGAAAACUGCGCUGUGCCAAUGACAAACUAGCCCCGAAACGCGUCUACAGUUGCCUUCUUGAUUGAUCAUAACUAGCUGGCACCAACCAGUAUAUCUUUUUGAGAUAAAACUGUGCAGACAAGAUUUUUACCCCUCUCAUGAGAAUUUCGGUUUUAUACUGAAACGCUUGUUGGCCAAAUUACCAAUACUAUCUACUCACAACAGUACAGUCUAAUUGUUGACUCUAGAAAGACGACAAGCUGUAAGCCUAUUUGUGAUCGUUGAUUAACAUUCUACUGCCUGGCAGAAUUUGGAGUAACACCAGUUUACAAUUGGACUACAUUUUGCAAUUAGGAACUAUAAAUUCCGGCCCGGUUUUAAAACAACGUAUGUGCCAUUACUUUCCCUAUGCACAUAGGUGUUUUUUCAGAUGAGCCAGAGUUUAUAGGUCCAAAUUGCAAAAUGCAGUCCAAUUGAACAUGUACAUUGAAGUUUCAUAUCCUUUUUGAAACCUCCUUUCCGGCCAUAAGUUUCCAUUAAAUUGGUGCUCUGAAUAAAGCAAUUCAUAUAACAUCUAAUUUGACUUUCCACCUUAAAUUUUUAAAGCAAACUCCGGCAGAAUAAAUCAAAAGGAAAAUAUCAUUGCAGUUGAGAAAGUGUACGUAAAACGUCGAGCGAAAUUUGAAAAUACAUUGAAUACUUUGAUUUGAUGUAUAAAAAUUGUGCUGAUUCAUCAUCCUAUUCAAUCGUGGACCGACAUAUAGGUAUGUCGGAGUAUUUCAGUGUUCCUGCAAUUGGGCUAAGUUGCUUUCAUUUGCAGCAAACUGCUUUUAGGAAGAAAACUUAGGGUAAAAUUUAACCAUAGUGGAAGGACUUGGGAGAGGGGCUGAGAGACCCAGACAGGUCAGCUCAGAAACAGAGGUCCCUCUAAACUUAGGGGAUUGAACAAUAGAUGAGUUUUCUGAUACAUUUGAGUAACUUAUCGCAACUGCCCUGUAUUUAUCCUAUCUUCUCCUUUUCAUGUUGUUUAGUAAUUGUUUCUUCACAAAAAAAAACUUUAAGUUUGCCCUUUCCCAUGAAAACUUUUUCAAGUCGGUCGAUUUAAUCAGAACGCUUACGGUAACUGAUCAACCAAUUUAUUUUAAGUAAGACUGACUAUUGAGUUCAUUUGUAUCUUGUUUUAACUGAUACAGCAAUCUAGAUUAAUAUCACUUGAUAAUUAUCUAGUGCUAGUCGUCACUAUUGUAUCUCUCUAUUAUUUUUAUUACUCUCAAAUGAAUGAUUCCAUGUCAUUGUGGAGUGAAGUGCCUCUCAGGGUUUGGGUCGAGCCCCCCUCCCCCUAAUUGAUACAAUAAGCUUCUUACUUACGUAUCUCUCUGAUUGUGUAGCAAAAUUUGACAAACCUAAGUGCUGUAUGCUGAGGAUAAAUCAGAUGAGUCAAGGCAUUAUGAACGCCUCUCUGAGAAUUCGUCUCGCUGUUUUGAGACCAUUAUAUUACCAAUUUUUUCUGUUUAAUUGCACUCCUCUAGUCAUUUCUAAAUAUGAUGAAAAAUGUAUAUUAAAUUAGUAGUAAAUCCAGUCUGUCGUCAAAUUUACUUUUAUCUGACAUCAAUAUUGUUGAAUGAAACAAGAUAUGAGAUUCCCAACAUUUCUUGUGAUUCAGUUAUUGAUGGAUCUUUCAGAUAAUUUUGAUCAUCACUAGCCAUUGACAAUAAAAAUAGAAGAAAAAACUAGAAAAAAGUUAUCUCGUGGCUAAGAUUCCAGACUCACGCUAUUGUAAUAAAAUUUUUAAAAGUUGUUUUUUUACAGCAAAAGCAAUUUGUUUUUGUUCAUUAUAUUCAUGUUAAAGUAAUUUUUAUUUAAUUAAUUGGGAAGUUUUAGGGAGAAAAGUCUUAUGUGCAUAGACACCUAUACUCUUAAUUUGAUUGAUGAUCAGCAUCAAAAUGCAGAUAGACUUUCUUUACCUGAACUUCGGUGACUGUUUCAAUUGUAUUGAACAAUACUAAGUGAAAGGAGGUGUUUUAUAUUCUCACAUUUCGACUGAAGCUGUCAAUUGUAAAAAAAACAAUAACCAACCUCAAACUGAAGUAUAAAUACCCUCUGCUUUUCAGUGUUUAAUACGGUUGAAAGGAAACUAUCUCUAGAAUGGAGGUUUUUUCUUUUAAUGUGAUGGUAACAUUGACAGGCAAUAUUAUGUUCUUAAACUGAGCAUCUCCAGCAGUAAUUAUGAAUAAGAUCUCCAAUUCUUUUCAUUUUCUAUUGUUUGAAAUCCCACAAAAUAUCCUUAGUUUGUAACAAUUCACUUUCCUCUUCUUUUUUUCACUAGUGUACAUAUAGGAUAAUUAUUACAGCAUUUAGUACUGUUAGUCUCAUGACGUUCUAUUUUUAUCCCUUUAUAAAUUAUCGUGGUCUAGCUCUUAUUUUUUUUUGUUUCUUCACGUAUUUUAAUCUUCUGCUUUAUACUGAACCAUGUUUAAUUACUUUUAUUUUGUUGUUAAAUUUUGUUUUCGAACAGAAGUAAUUUUCUCAGUAAGCCCAUCUGUAAGAAAAAGCAUCUCAUAACUCUGUUCGGUAUAAGUGUGCUCACAUCUUUUACUCUAGUUUCUCCACAUUCAGGAAUUGUAUCCAGUUACAUUCAAUAAAGUCCGGGGAUUCUUUUUGAACCAAAUCCGAAAACAUCAAUUUAUGUGCAUUUACUUUCGUAGAUAGGUUGCGUUUCUUUAACUUCAGUUAAAUGACUGACAUAAUGUUCCAUUGUAUGUAUUAAUUCAUCAAUUAAAGCUGAUGAAUGCAAAAAGUAGCUGAUCAAUAAGCCUAGAGUGGUUUCAAUCAAAUAUAAAAAUUAACAUUUUCUGAACAACUUUUGCAAUUACCAAAAACGAAAAUAAGGCAACUCGUCAAGUUUGAUUCAAAGUUAUUCACACAGUGUAAAAUGAUACGUUUUUCAUGAUUUUUAUUGACAGUCGCAACCCAAAAUCUAUAUUGUCCCAUCAGUCGCAUCAUUAUAGGGUACGAAACUUGACAACACCUUAUAAGAGGGUGCAAUUCUUCAACGGAGAGUUUAAAACUUCGGAGGACGCUCUUUUACAUAUUACAGGCUAUCAUACAUAAAAUUUGAACUUAAUUUGACCAGAGGGUUGUGGGUUUUGGUGGACACACAUUGGCCUCCACCGCCAUUUUACCCUUAAAAGUCGAAAAAUUCGGAAAUAAGAAAAAUGGCCCCACCUGCGAUUUCGCGGUUUCCGCUUUUUCAAUCCAGAGGCCUUACCUGACACUUUCAUCAAGAAAAAUCGUGGGUGGUCUGCAGAAAACUUAAAAUUUUUUGAAACGAACCGUGAGGCUUUCUGUUUUCCUGAUAUGAACCUUGUAAGUCUGCAUCGCCAAGUGACUGAGGCUGCCUGAUUUUAAUAAACAAAAGUAUGGCAGGAGCUUUGGUUGAAUUUUAUACAUAUGAUUAUACAAGGAACUAUUUGUAAAACCACUCAGUCUCUUUUUUAUUUUUAUUUUUAAACGUCAAUUGUAGUGUGUUCUCUCUAUCCCCUUAACCCUUUGUCUUUUAAGCCCUGAAGAUACAGCUUGAGCUCCACAAAGGCACAUAAUCAAAGGAUGUCUAAUUUCAAUAAAUUCAAAUCCUGUUUGACCUUAUUUAUUGUAACUGUAUGUAACUGUAAAUUAGAUAAUAUAUUUUAUAAUGGUGUAAUAAACCAUUUUUAAUUUUUUA